UUUUUUUUUUUUUUUUUUUUUUGUAAGUUGCACUCGGCGAAGUUGUUUACAACGUUUUAUAAAUAACUAAGGUCAUCUUUGCAAUAAUUAACAUAAAUGGCUGAAGCGGAAGGAGGAAGCGAGCAGGAUGAUGUUUCAUUCUUAAGGACGGAAGACAUGGUCUGCUUGUCAUGUACAGCUACGGGCGAACGUGUAUGCUUAGCUGCCGAAGGUUUUGGUAAUCGUCAUUGUUUUUUGGAGAAUAUAGCUGACAAGAAUGUACCACCUGAUCUGUCACAAUGUGUAUUUGUCAUUGAGCAGGCUUUGUCUGUGAGAGCUCUACAGGAGCUGGUUACGGCAGCUGGUUCCGAAACGGAUUCUCAAUUUGGCAAAGGUACUGGUUCCGGUCAUAGAACGUUACUGUAUGGCAAUGCUAUACUACUGCGUCAUCAUAACAGCGACAUGUAUUUAGCUUGCCUUUCAACGUCGUCUUCUAAUGACAAAUUAUCAUUUGAUGUUGGUCUGCAAGAACAUAGUCAAGGUGAGGCAUGCUGGUGGACGGUUCAUCCUGCAAGUAAGCAACGUAGUGAGGGUGAGAAAGUGCGUGUAGGCGAUGACUUGAUUUUAGUCUCUGUUGCCACUGAACGUUAUUUGCACACAACCAAGGAGAACGAAUUGUCAAUUGUAAAUGCGAGCUUUCAUGUGACACAUUGGUCGGUGCAACCGUAUGGUACUGGCAUAUCCCGCAUGAAGUAUGUAGGUUACGUAUUUGGUGGAGAUGUCUUACGUUUUUUCCAUGGCGGCGAUGAAUGUCUUACUAUACCCAGCACGUGGGGACGUGAAGCAGGGCAAAAUAUUGUCAUUUAUGAAGGCGGUUCGGUCAUGUCACAAGCCCGUUCAUUGUGGCGUUUGGAAUUGGCCCGCACUAAAUGGACGGGCGGUUUUAUAAUGUGGUUUCAUCCAAUGCGAUUUCGACAUAUCACUACAGGACGUUAUUUAGGUGUCAACGAUAAUAACGAAUUAAUUUUGGUGAAAAAAGAGGAAGCUUCAAUAGCUACAACCACUUUUUGCCUUAGACAGGAGAAGGAUGACGAGAAAAAAGUGCUAGAAGAUAAAGAUCUCGAAGUUAUCGGUUCUCCUAUUAUCAAAUAUGGCGAUACUACAGUUAUUGUACAGCAUUGUGAGAGCGGUUUGUGGCUUAGCUACAAAAGUUAUGAAACGAAGAAGAAAGGAGUCGGCAAAGUUGAAGAGAAGCAAGCCAUUUUGCAUGAGGAAGGAAAAAUGGAUGAUUGUUUGGACUUUUCGCGCUCGCAGGAGGAGGAAUCGAAAACGGCUCGCGUUAUACGCAAAUGUAGCAGUUUAUUUACACAAUUUAUAAGUGCUUUAGAAAUUCUGCAAUUAAAUCGACGUCAUUCAGUUUUCUUUCAGAAAGUUAACCUUAACGAAAUGGUUAUGUGUCUUGAAGAUUUAAUCAAUUACUUUUCACAGCCGGAGGACGAUAUGGAACAUGAGGAAAAACAAAAUCGUUUCCGUGCUUUACGUAAUCGUCAAGAUCUCUUUCAGGAGGAAGGUGUUCUCAAUCUAAUUUUAGAAGCCAUUGAUAAAAUUAACAGCAUAACGUCUCAAGGCUUUUUAGCCAGCUUUUUAGCUGGCGACGAAACCGGUCAAAGCUGGGACCUUAUUUCCACUUAUCUGUAUCAAUUGUUAGCGGCGAUUAUUAAAGGCAAUCACACAAAUUGCGCGCAAUUUGCUAACAGCAAUCGUUUAAAUUGGCUGUUUUCUCGCUUGGGAUCGCAAGCGUCUAGCGAGGGCUCUGGCAUGUUGGAUGUACUUCAUUGCGUAUUGAUUGAUUCACCCGAAGCUUUAAACAUGAUGCGAGACGAACAUAUCAAGGUGAUUAUAUCACUCUUGGAGAAGCACGGGCGAGAUCCUAAAGUUUUGGAUGUCCUGUGUUCGCUAUGUGUAGGUAACGGAGUAGCGGUGCGUUCCUCGCAAAAUAAUAUUUGCGAUUUUUUGUUGCCGGGAAAAAAUUUAUUGUUGCAAACGCAACUUGUUGAUCAUGUUGCCAGUAUAAGGCCAAACAUAUUUGUGGGCCGCGUAGAAGGUUCGGCUCUGUAUCAAAAAUGGUACUUUGAAAUAACAAUGGAUCAUAUUGAACAGACUACACAUAUGAUGCCGCAUUUACGCAUAGGAUGGGCCAACACCACUGGCUACGUUCCAUAUCCGGGCGGCGGCAAAAAAUGGGGCGGCAACGGAGUUGGCGAUGAUUUAUAUUCGUUCGGUUUCGAUGGUGCCUAUUUAUGGACCGGGGGACGUAAAACUCUGGUCAUGGAUCAGGUUCCCGAAGAACCGUUUAUACGGAAAUGUGAUGUUAUUGGCGUAACAAUUGAUUUAUCAGUGCCCGUAAUAACGUUCACUUUCAAUGGCAACAAAGUACGCGGCUGUUUUAGAGAAUUCAACUUGGAUGGCAUGUUUUUCCCAGUUAUGAGCUGUUCCUCGAAAUUGAGUUGCCGUUUUUUGUUCGGCGGAGAUCAUGGUCGACUAAAAUUUGCUCCACCGCCUGGUUUCUCACCUCUCGUUCAGUGUCUAAUGCCCCAUCAAAUAUUGAGUUUGGAUCCUUGUUUCUAUUUCGGUAAUUUGAAUAAGAACGUUUUAGCUGGUCCUUGGCUUAUUGAGGAUGAUACCGCCUUCGUACCACAGCCGGUCGAUACUUCUGGUGUUAGUUUGCCUUCCUCAGUAGAUCAAAUUAAAGAGAAAUUGGCCGAAAACAUUCACGAGAUGUGGGCCCUUAACAAAAUCGAAGCCGGUUGGGCUUGGGGUGAACAUAGAGACGAUUAUCAUCGCAUACAUCCGUGUUUGACACAAUUUGAGAAAUUGCCUCCAGCUGAAAAACGUUAUGAUAACCAGUUAGCAGUGCAAACAUUAAAAACUAUUGUUGCUUUGGGUUACUAUAUAACUAUGGAUAAACCGCCGGCCAGAAUUAGACCCAUACGCUUGCCUAACGAGCUGUUUAUGCAGGCGAAUGGUUACAAACCGGCUCCUUUAGAUCUAAGUGCUGUCACUCUCACUCCAAAGCUUGAAGAACUAGUAGAUCAAUUGGCCGAAAAUACCCAUAAUUUGUGGGCACGUGAACGCAUACAACAAGGCUGGACUUAUGGACUUAACGAAGAUUCCGAAAACCUUCGCAGUCCUCAUUUAGUACCCUAUGCUAAAGUCGAUGAAGCCAUAAAAAAAGCUAAUCGCGACACAGCUUCUGAAACUGUACGUACUUUGUUAGUUUACGGUUAUGUUCUAGAUCCACCAACUGGUGAGGGGAAUGAGGCACUGCUAGCUGAAGCGUUGCGUCUUAAAUUUGCUGCUUUUCGCACUUAUCGCGUCGAACGCAACUAUGCGGUUACUUCGGGCAAAUGGUAUUUCGAAUUCGAGGUUCUUACCUCUGGACCUAUGCGAGUCGGUUGGGCACGUGCUGACUGCAAUCCAGGUUCGAUGUUGGGUAGUGAGGACACGAGUUGGGCAUUCGACGGUCAUAACGAAGAGAAAGUUUUUGGCGGAGCAAGUGAAACAUUCGGUAAACAAUGUGGACCUGGUGAUAUAGUUGGAGUGUUCUUAGAUGUCGCCGAUCAUACAAUCAGUUUUUCAUUAAAUGGCGAACUUCUAAUGGAUGCUUUGGGUGGUGAGACGACAUUUGCUGACGUCACAGCUGAAGGCGUGGGCUUUGUACCCGCCUGUACGCUUGGUGUAGGCCAAAAAGCUCGUUUAAUCUAUGGUCAAGAUGUAGAUUCUUUAAAAUUCUUUACCACAUGUGGCCUUCAAGAAGGUUAUGAACCGUUUUGCGUUAACAUGAGACGUCCUGUUACGCACUGGUACACUAAGGAUCAACCAAUUUUCGAAAACACUGAAGAAAUGCCCGACUGCCGUAUUGACGUCACACGUAUACCUGGUGGCGCGGAUACACCGCCUCAUUUGAAAAUUUCACACAAUACUUUCGAAACAAUGGAAAAAGCCAAUUGGGAAUUUUUACGGUUAUCCUUACCAGUGACGUGUAUGGGGGAAUUCAUCUCGGAAACUGAAAAGGCUCGACGCUGGGAGGAAAUUAAACUACGCCAGUAUAGAUUGAUGCGCGAUGCAGAAAUAGCUCAGCAGCAAACAUCCGCUCACAUGGAUCAUAUGUUGAAGAGUGGCUUUACUAUGAGCGACAUAAAAGGCCUUAAUCGCAACUAUGACGAUACUGCCGAAGCUGAUGAAAAUAUGCGAGGCCCUUCUAGACCGCCUCGUAAAGGUUCAAUAACGCGCAAUAUUACAUUUGAACAAGAUGGUCUCACUUUGCCAGAAGAACUUCAAGGUUCCACACUUGACAUUAAUGGUUUAGAUGGAGAGGCUUUGGAUGAAAAAAAGAAACGUGGUCGUAGCCCAUUCAAAUUCUUCUCGAAAAAAUCACGUGAUCAAAGCAAAGAAAAAACGGCUGGACGCGCUCCGGAAGUAUCUGUAGAACGUCGCAACACCGUCGCACAUGGUCGUAAUGUUGUUAACGCUCAAAUGGCUCCCCGAGCUCCCACUUUACGUCUAAAUAACGUUGAAAUGCCACAAACGCCAACCGUGCAGGGUCCCAAACCUUUAAGCGGUGGUACUCUUGGCCAGCCGCCUAUCGAAUCAUCGGGCAACGAAAUGUUUGAUGCCGAAUGCUUAAAAUUAAUAAAUGAAUACUUUUACGGCAUAAGAAUUUAUCCUGGUCAAGAUCCUACUCACGUAUAUGUUGGCUGGGUGACAACCCAAUACCAUUUGCACAGUAAAGAAUUUAAUAAAAAUCGCGUUCGACGUGGCUCUGUAAUUAUUGAAGACGAAUACGAAAAUCCCAUAGAGCGCAUCGAUCGCCAAAGCUGUUAUGUGGUACGUGCAGAUGAACUCUUCAAUGAAGUAACUCAAGAUGCCUCCGGUAAAGGCGCUUCGCAAGGCAUGUUUGUUGGUUGUUUUGUGGACACUGCUACUGGCAUGAUACGUUUUACUUGUGAAGGAAAAGAAACUUCACACCGCUGGCUCAUGGAGCCCAAUACUAAGCUGUUCCCGGCCAUUUUUGUGGAAGCUACAAGCAAGGAAAUCUUACAAAUAGAAUUGGGACGCACUGCCACAACACUGCCUCUCUCCGCUGCUGUACUGCCUACAAGUGAUAAACAUAUUAAUCCGCAAUCACCGCCACGUCUAAAAGUUCAAUGUCUUCGACCACAUCAAUGGGCACGGGUGCCAAAUACCGCAUUGCAAGUUCAUGCCUUAAAACUAUCAGACAUUCGUGGAUGGUCUAUGCUCUGUGAGGAUCCCGUGUCUAUGCUAGCUUUGCACAUUCCCGAAGAGGAUCGUUGUAUUGACAUUUUAGAACUCAUAGAAAUGGACAAAUUGCUUUCCUUCCAUGCUCACACACUCACCUUGUAUGCAGCGCUUUGCUAUCAAUCCAAUUACAGAGCAGCUCAUGCUUUAUGUCAACAUGUCGAUCAAAAACAAUUGCUCUAUGCUAUACGUUCCGAAUAUAUGAGUGGACCGUUACGACAGGGCUUCUAUGAUCUGUUAAUUGCAUUACACUUGGAGUCUCACGCUACUACAAUGGAAGUUUGUAAAAAUGAAUUCAUUAUUCCUCUGGGAGCAGAAUUGAAGGCCCUUUAUGAAGAUGAAGAAAUGUGCCAUUCAUUAAGAUCUUUAGUUACUGAAUCGGUUCGACCACAAAUGCGUAUGACCGAUAUUACUAUACAAAGUGUUUCUAGCGAGACUGUGCCGGAAAUCGAUCAACUCUACUCUCCCAAGUUUCCCUUAGAAAUUGUUCGCGAAUUUGUAAUGGAAGCAUUGCAAGAAGCUGUGGAAGUUAAUCAGGUUCACAACAGAGACCCGAUUGGUUGGACCAAUGAAAACCUUUUCUUACCUUUAAUCAAGCUUACGGAUCGUCUACUUCUCGUCGGCGUUCUUACGGAUGAAGACGUCCAAAAACUUCUGCUUAUGGUUGAUCCCGAAACAUGGGAUGUUAACUUCGAGAAAGAUGGAAAAGAUGAGCACCGCAAGGGCUUACUAACUAUGAAGAUGGCUGAAGGAGCAAAAUUACAAAUGUGUUAUCUUCUUCAACAUUUAUACGACAUACAGUUACGACAUCGUGUAGAGAGCAUCAUUGCCUUUUCUCAUGACUUUGUAGGAGAUCUGCAAGGUGAUCAGUUGCGACGUUACAUAGAAAUCAAGCAAUCCGAUCUUCCCAGCGCCGUAGCAGCUAAGAAAACUAAAGAGUUCCGUUGUCCACCUCGAGAACAGAUGAAUCAAAUUCUAUGUUUUAAGAAUCUUGAGCCCGAUGAUCAAGAAAACUGUACCUGUGGUUUAGAUUUGCGAGGACGCUUACAUGAUUUUCAUGAUGGCCUUAUGAAGAAGGUGUCUUUAAAUGCUUUGCAAGAGCCUGAUGAGCCAGAAAGCAACGGGGUAGAAGAAGUUAAAACUGGACCGAUAACGAAAAUCUUCAAUUUCAUUAACACUGUAAAAGAAUUGGAAGAAGGGCCUAAGGAAGUUGAGGAACCUGAAAAGAAAACUCCUGAAGAAGUAUUCCGCAAAGUCCUAAUUAAGACAAUUGUAAGUUGGGCUGAGGAAUCACAAAUUGAAAAUCCAAAAUUGGUGCGUGAGAUGUUUAGUUUACUCGUACGCCAAUACGACACAGUAGGGGAGCUCGUGAGAGCUCUUGGUAAGACUUAUGUUAUUAAUAACAAAGCCCGAAACGACGCAGCUGAAAUGUGGGUGGGUUUAAGUCAAAUUCGUGCUCUGCUGCCAGUACAGAUGAGUCAGGAUGAAGAAGAAUUAAUGCGAAAACGUUUGUGGAAAUUAGUUAAUAAUGCCACAUUCUUCCAACAUCCCGAUUUAAUAAGAAUCCUUAGAAUACAUGAAAACGUAAUGGCCGUGAUGAUGAAUACACUUGGUAGACGGGCGCAAGCGCAAAGUGAUGCCCCAGCCCAAACAGAGGGAAUGGAAGGAGCUCCACAUAAGGAGAAGGAUACUUCUCACGAAAUGGUGGUGGCUUGUUGCCGUUUCCUCUGUUAUUUCUGUAGAACUGGAAGACAGAAUCAAAAGGCUAUGUUUGACCACUUCGAUUUUCUACUUGACAACGCGAAUAUACUUUUGGCUAGACCAAGUUUGCGCGGUUCUACUCCUUUAGACGUGGCAUACUCAAGUUUAAUGGAGAACACAGAAUUAGCUCUGGCACUUAGAGAACACUAUUUAGAAAAAAUUGCAAUUUAUCUUUCACGUUGCGGUCUUCAAAGUAAUUCUGAACUUAUUGAAAAGGGGUAUCCCGACUUGGGUUGGGAUCCGGUUGAAGGCGAACGCUAUUUGGACUUUUUGCGUUACUGCGUUUGGGUAAAUGGUGAGAGCGUUGAAGAGAAUGCAAAUCUUGUUAUUCGGUUGCUCAUACGCCGGCCAGAAUGUUUAGGUCCAGCGUUGAGAGGAGAAGGUGAAGGCCUUUUCCGUGCUAUAGUUGAAGCCAAUCGCAUGUCUGAACGCAUCUCAGAGCGUUGCAAGAUACAAGACGAACCUGAAGGUACCAUCACUGGUCUCAACUUCACACAUCCAUUGCCGGAAGGCGAUGAAGAUGAAGAUUAUAUUGAUACCGGUGCAGCAAUACUAAAUUUCUACUGCACUCUUGUUGAUCUUUUGGGUAGAUGUGCCCCCGAUGCUUCAGUUAUAGAGCAGGGUAAGAACGAAUCACUGAGAGCUAGAGCUAUUUUGAGAUCUCUUGUGCCACUUGAGGAUCUGCAAGGUGUCCUCAGCUUAAAAUUCACCAUUCUGCAAACUGCUCCAGGUGAAGAAAGGCCCAAGUCCGACAUGCCAUCCGGUUUGUUGCCCAACAACAAGCAAAGCAUAGUCUUAUUUUUGGAGCGCGUUUAUGGUAUAGAAACUCAAGACCUUUUUUAUCGCUUAUUGGAAGAUGCCUUUCUACCUGAUCUAAGAACCGCGACAAUUUUAGAUAAAAGCGACGGGUCUGAGAGUGAUAUGGCCCUGGCAAUGAAUCGCUACAUUGGUAACUCCAUUCUACCUCUAUUAAUCAAACAUUCAAAAUUUUAUAAUGAAGCAGAAAACUAUGCUAGUUUACUAGACGCCACUCUCCACACAGUCUAUAGAUUAUCUAAAAAUCGUAUGCUCACCAAAGGUCAAAGAGAAGCCGUAUCAGACUUUUUGGUAGCCUUAACAUCACAAAUGCAGCCAGCUAUGUUACUCAAAUUAUUGCGUAAGCUAACUGUUGAUGUUUCAAAGCUAUCGGAAUACACUACCGUGGCCUUACGACUUCUGACUUUACAUUUCGAUCGGUGUGCCAAAUACUAUGGUUCUAGCCAAGGUCAAGGCUCAUAUGGCGCUGCCUCAGAUGAAGAAAAACGGCUUACAAUGCUUUUAUUUUCGAAUAUAUUUGACUCUCUUAGUAACAUGGACUACGAUCCAGAAUUGUUUGGCAAAGCUCUUCCUUGUCUGAUUGCAAUCGGAUGUGCUUUGCCUCCCGAUUACAGUUUAUCUAAAAAUACGGAAGAAGACUAUUAUGGGCGUCAAUCGGGCUCUCCUGAUCAGCCACAAUACGAUCCAAACCCUAUCGACACCACAAAUGUACAUUUAACUAAUGAUUACAAUUCUUUAGUGCAGAAAUUCAGCGAACACUAUCACGAUGCUUGGGCAAGUAGACGUUUGGAAAGCGGGUGGACACAUGGGGAAAUUCGUUCUGACACUGAUCGUAAACAUCCAAGACUGAAGCCCUAUAAUAUGCUAAGUGAAUAUGAACGCGAACGCUAUAAGGAUCCCGUUAGGGAAUGUUUGAAAGCCCUCCUGGCUAUAGGUUGGACAAUUGAGCAUUCUGAUAUUGACGUGCCUCAAAACAAUCGUGGUUCAGUGAGACGUCAGUCAAAACCUCAAAUUCAUGAUUUUCAGAGUGAAGGUAGUGCAUUUAACUACCAUCCACACCCUGUGGAUAUGACGAAUCUUACGCUCAGCCGUGAAAUGCAAAAUAUGGCAGAGCGUUUAGCCGAAAAUUCUCACGAUAUUUGGGCUAAAAAGAAAAAGGAAGAAUUAGACACUUGUGGUGGUGCGAUACAUCCUCAGCUAGUGCCUUAUGAUUUGCUAACGGAUAAAGAGAAGCGUAAAGAUCGCGAGCGUUCACAAGAGUUUCUUAAAUACAUGCAAUACCAGGGUUAUAAAUUGCACAAACCUUCUAAGGGCGGAGCAGAGGGUGAAGGUGGUGCAGCUAUAAUUGCGGUGGAGUCACGUUUUUCUUAUUCCUUACUGGAAAAAUUGAUACAAUACCUGGAUCGGGCCACUAUCAACAUGAAAUUGUUAAAACCCUCUACUACUUUUAGCAGACGCUCAUCUUUCAAAACUGCUUCUCGGGAUAUCAAAUUCUUCUCCAAAGUCGUGCUGCCGCUUAUGGAAAAGUAUUUUUCAACGCAUCGUAACUACUUCAUUGCCGUAGCUACAGCUACUAAUAAUGUGGGAGCAUCAUUAAAAGAGAAGGAAAUGGUCGCUUCAAUAUUUUGUAAAUUGGCUUCAUUGUUACGUAAUCGCUUGACUGCUUUCGGUCCUGAUGUGCGCAUAACGGUUCGUUGUCUUCAAGUGCUAGUCAAAGGCAUUGAUGCUAGGACAUUAGUGAAGAAUUGCCCCGAAUUUAUUAGGACGUCAAUGUUAACAUUCUUUAAUCAAACAGCCGAUGAUUUGGGUACAACAAUCUUAAAUUUGCAGGAUGGCAAAUACAGUCACCUAAGGGGAACACAUCUGAAGACUUCUACUUCUCUUGGGUACAUCAAUCAAGUAGUUUUGCCAGUGCUAACAGCUAUGUUCGACCACUUGGCUGGUUGUGACUAUGGCAGCGAUUUGUUGUUGGAUGAGAUACAAGUUGCUUCAUAUAAAAUUUUAGCAGCCUUAUAUCAUUUAGGGACUGAUGGAACUUUAACGCAUGACAGAAAAUAUUUAAAAACCGAAAUUGAUAGACAUCGCCCAGCUCUAGGUUCCUGUUUGGGAGCCUACAGUUCUUGCUUUCCUGUGGCGUUCUUUGAACCCCAUUUGAAUAAACACAAUCAGUUCUCCUUACUCAAUCGAAUAGCGGAUCAUUCUUUAGAAGCCCAAGACAUUAUGGUAAAAAUGGAAAGUUGCAUGCCCAAUUUAGAGGCGGUUUUGAACGAAGUUGAUCAAUUUGUAGAAUCUGAUAAAACCUACGUUGAUGCUCCACACAUUAUUGAUGUGAUCUUGCCUUUGCUAUGUUCUUAUCUGCCAUUCUGGUGGGCUCAGGGACCUGAUAAUGUAAGUCCAACGAGCGGCAAUCACGUGACAAUGGUCACAGCCGAUCAUAUGAACUCGUUGCUGCGUAAUGUCUUGAAAAUGAUUAAGAAGAAUAUAGGCAACGACAAUGCUCUUUGGAUGACCAGAAUUGCGGCAUACACACAACAAAUUAUCAUUAAUACUUCGGAAGAGUUGCUUAAAGAUCCCUUUUUACCGUUAGCGGAACGCGUUAAGAAACGUACUGAAAAUAUGUAUCAUAAAGAAGAAAGCAUGCGUGGUUUUAUUAAAUCGGCCAGCGACGAUACAUCACAGGUAGAAACACAGCUACAAGAAGACUGGAAUUUACUGGUACGCGAUAUCUACUCGUUUUAUCCUUUGUUAAUUAAAUACGUCGAUUUGCAACGUAAUCACUGGUUAAAAGACAACAUCCCAGAAGCCGAAGAGUUAUAUAAUCACGUGGCCGAAAUAUUCAAUAUUUGGUCCAAGAGUCAGUACUUCUUGAAAGAAGAGCAGAACUUCAUUUCCGCCAAUGAAAUUGACAAUAUGGCCUUAAUUAUGCCGACUGCAGCCCGACGGUCAGGUAUAACUGAAGGUGCUCCGGUUACGGGCGGCAAAGCAAAAAAGAAGAAAAAGAAUCGUGACAAAAAACGCGAUAAAGAUAAAGAAAUUCAAGCGAGUCUUAUGGUAGCUUGUUUAAAACGAUUACUGCCGGUAGGAUUGAACCUCUUUGCUGGACGUGAGCAGGAACUGGUACAGCAUUGCAAGGAUCGUUAUUUGAAGAAGAUGCAAGAAUACGAUGUCAUCGAUUUCGCACGCAAUCAACUAACGCUACCCGACAAACUAGAUCCUUCGGAUGAAAUGUCGUGGCAACAUUAUCUUUACUCAAAAUUGGGCAAAAAAGAGGAACCGCCAACCGAAGAGCAGGCCGUCGAAAAGUCCACCAAUCAAAACGAGAAAGGCAAAGACAAGACUGAAGAGACGGUCGAUCGUAUAGUAGCAAUGGCCAAAGUUCUUUACGGUCUACAUAUGAUCGACCAUCCCCAACAGCAGAGUAAAAACGUCUACAGGAGCGUUGUUUCCAUACAACGGAAGCGUGCGGUUAUUGCAUGUUUCCGUCAAACAUCUUUACAUUCUUUACCCAGACAUCGUGCUUGCAAUAUAUUUGCUCGCACUUACUAUGAACAAUGGCUAGAAGAGGAAAACGUUGGCCAAGAAGUGAUGAUUGAAGACCUAACGCAGACUUUCGAAGAGUCUGAGAAAUCGAAAAAAGACGAAGAAGAAACAGAAGGCAAACCGGAUCCGUUAACACAACUGGUGACAACCUUCUGUCGUGGAGCCAUGACAGAGAGAAGUGGAGCUUUACAAGAGGAUCUUUUGUACAUGUCUUAUGCUCAGAUAGCUGCCAAAUCCUGUGGUGAGGAAGAGGAGGAAGGCGGAGGCGAAGAAGAAGGUGAAGAAGCCGAAGGUGGGGGUGGUGGUAGUGAAGGUGAACGUAGCAGGAUUCACGAACAAGAAAUGGAAAAGCAAAAGCUGCUUUUCCAUCAAGCCCGUCUCUCCAAUCGUGGUGUAGCAGAAAUGGUUUUACUACAUAUUUCCGCUUCAAAAGGAGUACCUUCGGAAAUGGUGAUGACCACUUUAAAUCUCGGCAUUGCUAUACUGCGUGGGGGCAAUAUUGACAUUCAGAUGGGUAUGUUGAACCAUUUGAAAGAGAAAAAGGAUGUAGGCUUCUUUACAUCGAUUGCUGGUUUAAUGAACUCGUGCAGUGUCUUGGAUUUGGAUGCGUUUGAACGUAACACCAAAGCAGAAGGUCUUGGUGUCGGUUCGGAAGGCGCUGCCGGUGAGAAAAAUAUGCAUGAUGCCGAAUUUACCUGUGCCUUGUUCCGUUUCAUACAGUUAACAUGUGAAGGUCAUAACUUAGACUGGCAGAAUUAUUUGCGUACACAAGCGGGCAACACUACGACGGUCAAUGUAGUCAUCUGCACCGUUGAUUAUCUUUUGCGGUUACAAGAAUCUAUUAUGGAUUUCUAUUGGCAUUACUCCAGCAAAGAAAUAAUUGAUCCGGCCGGCAAAGCUAACUUUUUCAAGGCCAUCGGUGUAGCCAGUCAAGUGUUUAAUACGCUAACAGAAGUCAUCCAGGGUCCUUGUAGUUUAAAUCAACAGGCUCUGGCUCAUUCCCGUUUAUGGGAUGCUGUAGGUGGUUUUCUUUUCCUAUUCUCCCACAUGCAAGAGAAAUUAUCCAAACACUCUAGUCAAGUGGAUUUGCUGAAGGAGCUACUAAAUUUGCAAAAAGAUAUGAUAACCAUGAUGUUGUCCAUGUUGGAGGGAAAUAUAGUAAAUGGUACAAUCGGCAAACAAAUGGUCGACACUCUUGUUGAAUCUGCUAGCAAUGUUGAAUUAAUUUUAAAAUAUUUCGACAUGUUCUUAAAGCUAAAGGAUCUUAUUGAAUCGGCUAGCUUCCAAGAAAUUGAUAUGAAAAACGAAGGUUGGGUUACACCCAAAGAUUUUAGGGACAAAAUGGAACAAUCGAAAAAUUACACACCGGAGGAAAUGGAUUUCCUUUUGGCUUGUUGUGAACGCAAUCACGAAGGAAAAAUAGAUUACGCCGCCUUUGUUGAUCGAUUCCAUGAGCCCUCUACAGAAAUUGGUUUUAAUUUGGCCGUUUUACUGACCAAUUUAAGUGAACAUAUGCCUAAUGAACCACGCUUAGCCCGUUUCUUGGAAACUGCCGGUUCGGUUUUGAACUACUUUGAACCAUUCCUGGGACGUAUUGAGAUUUUGGGCAGUUCCAAGCGCAUCGAACGUGUUUACUUUGAGAUCAAGGAUUCAAAUAUUGAGCAGUGGGAAAAACCCCAAAUUAAGGAGUCGAAACACGCCUUCUUCUACUCUAUUGUAACCGAAGGUGGCGACAAGGAAAAACUUGAGGCGUUUAUUAAUUUCUGUGAGGAUGCUAUUUUUGAAAUGACUCAUGCUUCUGGGCUAAUGGCUACAGACGAUGGCGGUGGCAACGUUAAACGAGAUACCUCCUACAGUUCUUACAUGAGUGAAGAGGAGGAAGAACGAGCAGCUCGAGACCCGAUACGACGAACUAUCAAUGCCGUGAAAGAUGGUUUAAAGUUUGGCCUGUACAUGCUAAGUCCGGCGAAUAUCAAGCACCAAAUUGGUGUGAUGCAAACAAAAUCGGUACCCGAAUUGAUUAUUGGUUUCUUUAAGAUUAUUUUUUAUAUAUUCUACUACAUGGGCUACGCCAACUUUGCUGUUGUUCGCUAUAUAUUUGGUAUACUAAUGAAUUUGAUGCGUGGACCUGCUCCGGAAGAAGUGGAAGCGCCGCCUGUCGAAGAAGAAACAUUUGGGAAAGCCUUACCUCCGCUACCCACGGAAGAACCGCCAGGCACAGUGCAGGCUUUUGGGCUGGACAUAAAUAAAGAAGAAAAUGGUCAAUACAAGGUUACAGUGCAUGAAUCAUCGGCUAGUGGUACUGCCAGCUCGGGUGAAGAGACUGCAGAAUCUAGUCCUGAGGAUGCAGCAGCUUCAGCUGAAGGCCAAGCUGUCGAAGGUGAGGCUCACCAUGCAGAACCUGUGUCAAUUGUGGAUUUGUUGGGAGGAGAAGCAGCCAAGAAAGCCGCGCAAGAACGUCAAGAAGCGCAGAAAGCCCAAGAAGCAGCAAUGGCCUCUAUUGAAGCUGAAGCUAAAAAAGCUUCUACGGAAACCCAAGAAACUCCAGCUGUUCAUCAAAUAGACUUUUCGCAAUAUGGUCGUCGAGCAGUAAGCUUUUUGGCACGUAAUUUUUACAAUCUAAAAUUGGUGGCUCUUGUGCUGGCUUUCAGUAUCAAUUUUAUGCUAUUGUUCUAUAAAGUAACAUCGUUUGCGGAAGAUGAAGAAGCUUCUGGGGAAGAUGAAUUGAUAUUAGGUUCAGGUUCUGGUGUUGGCUUGGCCGGUUCGGGUUUAGGUUCAGGUGAAGGUUCAGGUGAAGGAGGGGAGGACGAGGAAGAUAUUCCGGAAUUAGUGCAUGUAAACGAAGACUAUUUCUUUAUGGAACAUGUGAUACGUGUAGCAGCCAUUUUACAUAGUCUGAUUUCGUUAUGCAUGCUAAUCGCCUAUUAUCAUCUAAAGGUGCCUUUAGCCAUAUUCAAGCGGGAAAAGGAAAUCGCUCGUCGUCUUGAAUUUGAUGGUCUUUUUAUUGCCGAACAACCCGAAGAUGGCGACGUGAAAUCCCACUGGGACAAAUUGGUUAUAUCAGCUAAAUCAUUCCCGGAUAGCUAUUGGGAUAAAUUCGUCAAGAAAAAAGUCCGCCAAAAAUACAGUGAAACUUACGACUUUGAUUCAAUUUCAAAUUUAUUGGGCAUGGAAAAAAGUGCUUUUGUGGCUCAGGAGACCGAAAGUGGCGGUUUAAUUAAAUAUUUUAUGAACAUUGAUUGGCGAUAUCAGAUAUGGAAGGCAGGAGUUACAUUUACAGACAACGCUUUUCUUUACUCAUUGUGGUAUUUCUCCUUCUCAGUAAUGGGAAACUUCAAUAAUUUUUUCUUUGCUGCUCAUUUACUAGAUGUGGCCGUAAGCUAUAAAACUUUGCGUACCAUUUUACAAUCGGUAACACAUAACGGUAAACAAUUGGUAUUAACAGUCAUGCUGCUUACUAUUGUCGUGUACAUAUACACUGUGAUUGCCUUCAAUUAUUUCCGCAAGUUCUAUAUUCAAGAGGAGGAUGACGAAGUUGAUAAGAAGUGCCAUGACAUGUUCACCUGUUUUGUAUUCCACUUAUAUAAAGGCGUAAGAGCUGGCGGCGGUAUUGGUGAUGAAAUUGGUGAUCCAGAUGGAGACGAUUACGAAGUGUAUCGUAUUAUAUUCGACAUAACGUUCUUCUUCUUUGUUAUUGUUAUAUUGUUGGCUAUUAUCCAAGGUUUGAUUAUUGACGCUUUUGGUGAGCUCCGUGACCAAUUGCAAUCGGUUCAGGAAAAUAUGGAAUCAAAUUGCUUUAUUUGUGGCAUGGGUAAAGACUUCUUCGAUAUAGUACCGCAUGGCUUUGAUACGCAUGUUCAAAAGGAGCACAAUCUCGCCAACUAUAUGUUCUUCCUAAUGCAUUUGAUUAAUAAACCAGAUACGGAAUACACUGGUCAAGAGACUUACGUAUGGAAUAUGUAUCAACAGCGCAGUUGGGACUUCUUCCCGGUCGGUGAUUGCUUCCGUAAACAAUAUGAAGAUGAAUUGUCAGGCGGCGGUGGCGGCGGAGGCGGCUAAAGACUUUAUAGUGGGCCAUUGGAAUAACUGAGAAUCGAUCCAUACUCUUAAAACGAAUUUCGAUAUCAGAUUUUUAAAUAUCCAUUUAAUUGCGAAUUAUACUUUUAAAAUUUAUUUAAAACUGUAACUCUUACUUUUAUUGGAUACUUAUGUAUUACCGUACCAAUACUAAUCGCCCUCCUUAUAAACAUAUACAUGAGUUUGUAAUUUGUUAUCGACUGUACUAUAUUAUAUAUGUAUUAAUAAACUUAUUGAUAUCCUUAAACUUACUUGUCUAGAAUAAAAUGAAUUUGUUUAGCCCGGACAUACAAGCUAAACUUCUCAUUCGCUUAGUCCCUUAGCUUAAUCUCAA